AUGUCUGCUAUAACCUAUAAUGUAGCAAGCGAUAAAGAGGAUGAACACUUUUAUAAACUAGUCGCAUUGUGUGAUCUAUUUGCUUUAAUUGGAAUAAUGUUUUCAUUGUUUAGUAUAUACUGGAUUAUAGAUAUCAUUCAUGGAAAAGUGUACUAUGAAUUUCGUGAAGAGAUUAUUGUACAGUGUGCAUUUAUUGUUCUAACAUGUGUAUUAUGCUUAAGUAAACUUUUUACACUGACAUGCUGUUGUUGUUAUUGUCCAUAUGUCACACUGUUUACAUCAAAUAAAGUUACUCCAAAUCGACAUAAUUUAAAAACUCAUUUACAUGAACAAAGCCUACCAGUUCAAACUAUUGUUACUAAUAUUCCACGAUCAAAUGAUUAUCCAGGAGGUCAAGUUAAUCAAAAUUAUAACCUACCAACUGGUUUCCCAUCACCUUACACAUCAUCAGAAAUUUAA